CCACCAAAACCAAACACCACACAACAACUUACAGUUCGGAGUUUUAAACAGAAAUGAGUUACAGUUCAGAAGAUAGCAGCAGUCCGACGGCCGGGAACGGCAGGAAAUUGAAGGGAGUGCGUCAGAGAAAAUGGGGCAAGUGGGUGUCGGAGAUCCGCGUCCCCGGCACACAGGACCGCCUCUGGCUCGGCUCUUUCUCCACCGCCGAGGCGGCCGCGGUGGCUCGUGACGUUGCUUACUAUUGCUUACGUAAGCCUUCGACUCUGGAGGGGCUAAACUUUCCUACAAUCUUGCCGUGUUCCGUUAACCAGGCGGCGGACAUGUCGCCGAGGUCGAUACAGAAAGCGGCGUCGGAUGCCGGCAUGGCAGUUGAUGCUCAGCUGAUCAAUGCUAACAGUAACAGUAACAGCUCGUCGCAGCAGAACUGGAGACAGGCCAACGGAAGUGAGCCACGUGUAAUGCAGACAGGUGGGAGUUGGGAGGACGGCGGUGAGAGUUCAACCACUAACAGCGGCGAGGCGCUGAGCAUUUCCAUUGAAGACUAUCUGUAGCUAGCUGGCUAGUAGUACGUCGGUAGAAAACGUUGGACUAUCAUUUUUAUUUUUAUUUUGGUCGAACUGGACUAUCAUUUUUGGGUUGACUGUUUUUCUACGACUGCCUGUCAACUGUCAAGGUAGGCUGUCUAUUCCGGCGGUGGGAGAUGACGUACGGGGUUGCGUCAUAUGUAUUAGCAUUAUAUAUGUGUAUAGUAAA